AUGGCUUGUAAAGCAAAGCUUAUGAUUCCUGAGGAUGAGAAGUACGAAGGAAAGCCAUAUGCCCUUUCACACACAAGGACCGCCAUUACAACAAUAAAGGCGAAGUUCAAUACGCAGCAGUUACAGAGGUUCGAGGGAAGUUGUUUUGGUCAUCUAUUACUGAUAGAGGACCUGAAGUGGAAUUCACAAAUUGUCCACGGCCUGUUGAUGAGGAAGGCUGAUCCUAAGACAGUUACACAGGUGAACGGGAUAAAAUUCAUUGUGGGUAACAAGUUGAUACAAUUCACAGCCCAACAAUUUUGCCUCAUCACGGGGCUAAGGUUCGGAAAGCUCCCUUUCAUUCCGAAGGCGACAAAUGAAAAUUGCUCGUUGAAGCGAAAAUACUUCAGCACCAAUAAACCUGCCACCCUUUUGGACCUACACACCGCCUUCAUCGAGUGCACAGAUGAUGAGGAUGCGUUAAAGCUUGGAAUGGUCUAUUUUGCCAAUUUUGUUCUAUUGGGUACUGAAAAGCAUGUGCUUAUUGACAUGCGCUAUUUGAAGUUGGUUGAAGACCUAGAGGAGUUUGACAAUUUGUGCUGA